AUGAUGGAAUCUAAUACCGAGUUGAAAAAACUACAAGAGACGAAGUUAAAAAAUUUUGAGGGUUUGAGAAAGACUGGAUCGGACAGAGAAGAUGACCCAGAAAUACUUAAGGUCAUCAAGGAUGCUGAAAGUAAAGCAAGACAAGAAGAGAUCGAAAAACAUAGCAUCAUAGUUCAACAAUUGAAAGGGCAAAUUACAGAUCUUAAAUCACAGCUCGUUUCGCGCGAAAGUGAGAAUGAAGAUUUGCAUUCAGAACUUGAAAUUAUCAGGAGUCGACCCAUAAGCGUCGCGUCUUCACGUGGUGAUAUUCGAAUUUUGAACGGAGAUUUUAGUGAGCAAUACGAAGAGAGUCUUGGCCAUCUGCGAGAUAAGGUGGCGGAAUUAACACUUCAAUUACGAGAAAAAUGUUUGGAAACUGAACAAUUGAUGAUGGAAUGUGAGUCGAACAGCUUCAUUCAUUCUAAGACUAUUCAAGAUUUUGAAGAAGAAAUGGAUAGGAUGGAAAAUCAAUUCCGGGAAGAGACAGCGAUGUUAAGGGAGGACUUGGAGGCAGUACAUCGUGAAAACGACCAGCUGGCACAAGAACUUGAUGCAUUGCACAAUAUUUGCAGAGAAAAUGAUUUGCGUCACCACGAGGAAACCAAGGCUCAAGUGGAUAAUCAAAAACAAGAGAUAACAGACCUGACACAGUCUCUUGAAAAGGCAGGUAUUAGAUAUCUUUAUGUCAAAAACGAAUUAGAAAUAAAGUCAAAGGAAUUAUUAAAUCUAACUGAAUCUCUCAAGAAGUCGAAUAGUCAAGUGACAGCUUUGGAGCAAUCUAUUAACGAAAGAGACGAAGAAUUAAACGAAAUUCAUUGCCAAUUGGAGUUGAAAAUAAAGGAAGUUGAAUCGAAAGAGAAAUUGCAUGAAGAAAUUGUCUCUGAUUUGAAAGGGAAACUUUCAAUGAACAAGACCAAAAUUACCGAGAUGAGUGCAGUUAAAGAUACCACUGCGAAACAGAUCAGUCUUCUUCGACAAGAGUUGGAAAAUUAUACGACUCAAAUAGAGGAGAUCAAACAGAAUCUAAAUUACGAAAUUGAACAAC